UUGACAAUCGGUUCGUUCCGGAGCCGCUCGCCUUACGUUCCGGCAUGCCCCGCUACGAGCUGGCUUUGAUCCUGAAAGCCAUGCAGCGGCCAGAGACAGCUGCUGCUUUGAAACGUACGCUAGAAGCCCUGAUGGACAGAGGAGCAAUAGUGAGGAACUUGGAAAACCUGGGCGAGCGAGCGCUUCCUUAUAGGAUCUCUGCCCACAGUCAAAAGCACACAAGAGGAGGGUAUUUCUUGGUGGAUUUUCAUGCACCACCAACAAUUGUUGAGAACAUAAUGGAACACUUGUCUCGAGACAUCGAUGUGAUUAGACGGAAUGUUGUAAAGCACCCACUAACUCAGGAAGUAAAAGAAUGUGAAGGGAUUGUCCCAGUGCCACUGGAAGAAAAAUUAUAUUUCACAAAGAAGAAGAAGAAGUGA